AGCUAGAAGCUGUCCUCUGCCUGCCUGGGUCCCUUAAAAGCAGCAGAGCAAGCCCCAGGCUCCUGGUUGAGCGCGAGUCGGGAUGCAGAGGCUGGCAGGGAUGGAGAAGGAAGCACUGGCAUAAGCCCCGGGAACUGCAGAGCAGCAGAGGCUGGUGCUCUCCAGAAGAGAAGUGUGAUGGGAUCUCUGAAUCCUAAACCAGGUGCUCACUGAUACAGGUCUUCCAAAGAAACAUGAAAGCAACCCCAAGAAGAAAUCACUGACAGGAGGGAAAAGUACAACAGGAGAGGUAAAAUGAAAGAUUGGCUUUUUGAGAAUAGCUGCCGGAAGCUGUGACAGAUCAAGAGACCAGUGGAUUACUAAACAGCACCUUCAGAGUCUCAUCUACGGCACUAGGGCAGCCUUCCGGCAAGUGCACGCUGAGGUGCUCAGCAGCCAAGGAUGGAGGUGCUACGCCGUUCUUCAGUCUUUGCUGCAGAGGUGAUGGAGGUUUUUGACCGCUCUCCCACUGAUAAGGAGCUUGUGUCCCAGGCCAAGGCUCUGUGCAGGGACUACAUAAAUUCCAGGCUGAUUCGAGCGGGUGUCAGCUGGAGCAAACCCGAGUACAACGCACCAGUGCCUGGUGGUAAGCUGGCUGAGGUGUCCACCAUACUGCUGCGGCUAGGGGAUGAGCUGGAGUACAUCCGCCCCAAUGUCUACCGGAAUAUCGCCCGCCAGCUGAACAUCUCACUGCACUCGGAGACGGUGGUGACGGACGCCUUUCUGGCAGUAGCUGCACAGAUUUUCACUGCAGGCAUAACAUGGGGCAAGGUUGUGUCCCUCUAUGCUGUGGCAGCUGGGCUGGCUGUGGACUGCGUGCGACAUGCACAACCGGCAAUGGUUCACACCAUUGUGGACUGCCUGGGAGAGUUUGUCCGCAAGACCUUGGUGACAUGGCUGAAGAGGAGAGGAGGCUGGGCAGACAUCACAAAAUGCGUGGUGAAUACCGACCCCAGCCUUCGCUCUCACUGGCUUGUGGCUGCCAUUUGCAGCUUUGGGCACUUCCUCAAGGCUAUCUUCUUCGUCCUGUUGCCUGAGAGAUGAAUCUGAUCUUCCAGUUGCAGCCCCGUACCCCAUCUCCUCCCCCACUCCAGAAGCAGUGGCAACAGCAAACUCUGAGGAGGAGGAAGAGAAGAAAAAAAAUGGGACAAAAAAAAAAAAAAAAAAAAAGGCUAUUUCUUCUCUCUCUUCAACUAUGAGCAGCUGACCAGCCCUGGUCUCCUUUUUGCAGCCCCAGGAACCUUCUCUCCUGCUCACCAUUAUCCCUUCAAGAAUCUUGUUUACCUGGGUGACUUGUGUGAGACUUGGACCAUGCCAGUGCCUGGGCAGACUGAUUGCAGCUGUGUGUGGUGUGGACUGCCAGAUAUCCGUUUGUUACAAUUGUCUUACACACUUAACGCUAAUGGCAGGCAGAGGGGAGGAGGAAAGGGAUGAUGUCUGAAAUGGAGUAGUGAAUGCAGAGGGAGAGUGUCCCUCCUUUGCUCAGUGGAAUUUCCCUUUCAGCCCUCGGACUUGCCUUUCGUCUGUCCUUGUUGUUACAUUUGUGCUUAAGCUCUAUCUCCUCCUUCAUAACUCUGACUUGUUAGACUCUCUCCACAGUGCAAAGUGGCUGAGGGAAUAAUGUAGUUGUGGCUUUUUAACAUGAUGAAAAACAUCCUGUGGUCAGACGCUUCCCCCUGUGAAGUAUCUUGGAAACCACUGAGUGGCUAAAGAAGGGAGAGGACUAAAGGGCAAUUGCAUUUGAGAUGGUCAGUAAGCCAUUUCAAACAGGAGAGUGAGGGCAAUGCCUUCAGAUGACAGCUUGGGUUUUAACGUUAUGAAGAAGAGAGAGUUUUUCUCCGGUGCUAUUCGAGCAGAGCUAAACCUAUAAGUAGGACUGGCUGGGGGUUGGGGCACGUGCGGCAAUAAGGGAACCCGGGAGUGGACUCUCUGAUGUUUUGAAGGGGGAAAGCCGCGUCAAAAGCGAUUGAUCUAUGUUUCUCCUUUGACGUCUUCAGAAGUGCGACUUGCAGUCUUCUGUUGUGGCAAACAAUAAAAGAAAAAAGGUGAUGUCUCACUAUUGCGAAGGGUAUUGUAUUUGCUUCCACAGUUAAAAAUUCCAAAAAAGGCCAGACCAGUGCAGAGACACAAACCCUCAGUCCAUGCUAAAAAUACUUUGGCUUUUCCCCUGGUAGAACGUGUUAACAUGUUAAAACUACAAUUUGCCUGGAUCGUGCUAGGAUUUUAACCCGUGUUGUUACCGUGUCAGAAACAGGCUGAUUUCUCUGAUAGAAACCUGGCCUUGCUGCCAUCUGAAGGGGAAUGCCGUGGAGCCUCUUCUUGGCAGGAGCCUCGCUGGAGACGCCCUGCUAGACGCUUUGACACUAACAGCAUGGUGUCCCCCCAAAAACACUGUUUUGUGUUAGGUUGCAUAUGGCAUUAUAGGGAUUUUUUGGCUUUUUACUCGUCUAUGGAACGUAAAUGCAGCUUUGCCAGCAGGGCUACGCACGCAGUGCCGCAUGUUUUACCAGCUGAGUUUAGUGGAGCUCUUUUAAUAGUAAAUUAAUCUCUGGGGAGGGAAACCCAUAGAAAACGAAACGAAACAAAACAAAACAAAACAAAACACUCCGCCCUCCCCCAGAAAACCCUACCGAAAACUCACCCACAACAAGAAAACCCCACAUUUUAUUUUUUUAACUGAAGCUGUGUGCUGCCUUCGACCACGUCUAGACAGACCUUGGCUCCGCUACAAAAUGUUUGUAGGGGGAUUUAUGCUGGCAAAGUUCCUAGUGUGGAUGUUGCCCUGAGGGUUGUGCAUUUUUGUUUGUUUGUUUAAAGCUUGCAACAGGUUCCCAAAUAAAACCAAGUUGCCAAA